UGGAGCAUCCUGCCUUACUUUCGCAAUAAAACUGCAAGUCAAUUUGAACUAAGUGGCAAUUCAACCAAGUGGCAAUUAGAUCAAGCAAAACGUGAGGCCAUCAAGGUGUUGUUUGCUGAAAUCGAGUCAUCAGAAGACUAAUCAUUGUGUGGUUAAAAGGUUUAAGUAGGCAAUCCAUACUAUUGACUCGUGGGCAAUGAGCUGUAAAUGAACAUCUGUAACGGGUGAUCAAGGAUGUAAAAAAAGAAUGCUUUGAAGAAAAAAUAUUUUGCUCGCUUUUCUCCAAGAAAUCACAGCGAUGGAGACAUGGGAUUCUAUUUUUAGAAACAGUUGUUGCCGACGGUAAAUUAAAAACCUGUGAUGGGAUAUCUACCAGUGUGCAUUGCAUCUGCUCUGGUCUGGUCUGAUGAAGAACAUGCUGUUUACCCUGUUCCUCUUCUUCGGGGUUGGGAGAUAACUUUUGCGAUCCAGAAAAUCACUUAUUUCCUAAUAGAGGUCGCUAUAUUCUAGUGGGACUGUCACCUUUUUAUCUUGGAAAUAAAUAAUUUCUGAGCAUUUUUAGAUGAAAAUUAGCAAAAUGUUGUACAAAUAGAACUAAAACGAAAUCAUUUUAAAAUAAAUUAUUGCAUCCCUUUUUUCCCUGUAUCGAGACAAAAAUUUUCCUUGGCUCUUAUGGGAAUGAAACACUCCUCCCGCUGUAUGCUGCUCAGGAGAAAAAUGGCGGAGUCUGAGAGUACUGAGCCACAGCAGCCACCGCAGCCCAUUGGCAUCAUCCAGUCCCAGCGCGCGCAGCCCGCCUCGCUGCCCAAGCCCGUGCCCUCCGUCCGCCAUGUCCCGCGGCCGCCCCACACGCCUCACGCGGCCUCCCUGCCCAGCUGCCCUGGCCGGGGAAAGAUGGCCAGAUUCCUCAACCCUGAAGAGAUGACCUCCAAGGACUACUACUUUGACUCCUACGGGCACUUUGGCAUUCACGAGGAAAUGCUGAAGGAUGAGGUGAGGACGCUCACUUACAGGAACUCCAUGUACCAUAACAAGCAUGCGUUUAAGGACAAGACCGUCCUGGACGUGGGCAGUGGGACUGGCAUCCUCUCCAUGUUUGCUGCUAAAGCAGGAGCCAAACACGUUUAUGGGAUUGAAUGCUCCAGUAUAUCAGAAUACUCUGAGAAAAUCAUCAAGUCUAACCAGCUGGACAGUGUCAUUACCAUCUUCAAAGGCAAGGUAGAGGAGGUGGAGCUGCCAGUGGAGAAAGUGGACAUUAUCAUCUCAGAGUGGAUGGGCUACUGCCUCUUCUACGAGUCAAUGCUCAAUACGGUCAUCUUCGCAAGGGACAAGUGGCUGAAACCUGGAGGACUGAUGUUUCCAGACCGUGCGGCUCUGUAUGUGGUGGCCAUUGAGGACAGGCACUACAAGGACUUCAAAAUUCACUGGUGGGAGAACGUGUACGGCUUUGACAUGACCUGCAUCCGUAACGUGGCCAUGAAGGAACCACUGGUGGAUGUGGUGGAUCCCAAACAGGUGGUCACCAACUCCUGCCUGAUCAAGGAGGUUGACAUCUACACAGUGAAGAUCGAGGACUUGUCCUUCACCUCAGCAUUCUGCCUUCAGAUUCAGAGGAACGACUACGUCCACGCCCUGGUCACCUACUUCAACAUCGAGUUCACCAAGUGUCACAAGAAGACUGGCUUCUCUACUGCCCCCGAUGCUCCAUGUACACACUGGAAACAGACAGUGUUCUACCUGGAGGACUACCUCACCGUGAGGAGGGGCGAAGAGAUCAUCGGCAGCAUCAACAUGAAGCCCAACGACAAGAAUAUACGUGACUUGGAUUUCACCUUUGAAUUGGAUUUCAAAGGACAGAUAUGUGAGGCAGCGAUCUCCCACGACUACAAAAUGCGCUAGCUAGGUGUCCAAAAGUCAGAGCUGGUGUGCAGUGCUGCCUGCAGCCCCAAAACCACGAAGGGAGGAAGACGCACGCCCCUUGACAACCGACCCUGAGGAGAGAGUACUGGAUGACAGAGAAAGGAUGGAGGGAUGAAAGAGGCCGGGAUGAUGGGUGGGAGGAGGGAGCGGGUUGGAGGAAUCAGAGAGUAGAUUGAGCGGUGAAUUUAUAGAUAAUGGAGGGAUGAAAGAGGAUGGGUGCAGAGAGAUGGAGGGAUAGACCAGAAAAGAGGUAGGUUGUGGAGUGCAGGGGUGGCACCGAGAAAUAUCCACAUGCACACAUCGGCGCCAUGUUUAGGACACAACUUUGAAUGUAACGGCGUAUUAAUUCAGUGCUCUUGUCUUAAUUCUUUUUAUUGGUUAUCUGUACUGUAUGUGAGGCUGAAAUCAGCAUUAUCUUGAUAUCGGUCUUUGUUCUUCCAAAAUUAUCAGACCAGAACAUAGAUUAGUUGAUGAACAUAAUAAUUAUUGAGUUUUACUCUUAGGGGCCCAAAUGAUCAGUUAUUGUAUCUUUUGGUUACUUUGCAUGUAUAGAUGAUCAGUAAUGGGCCUGAUAAUGGGUCUGAUAAUGAUCCUGAUAAUGGGCCUGAUAAUGAUCCUGAUAAUGGGCCUGAAAAUGGGCCUGGUAAUGAUCCUGGUAAUGGGCCUGAUAAUGGGCCUGAUAAUGAUCCUGAUAAUGGGCCUAAUAAUGAUCCUGAUAAUGGGCCUGAUAAUGAUCCUGAUAAUGGGCCUGUUAAUGGGCUUGAUAAUGAUCCUGAUAAUGAUACUGAUAAUGAUCCUGAUAAUGGGCCUGUUAAUGGGCUUGAUAAUGAUCCUGUUAAUGAUCCUGAUAAUGGGCCUGUUAAUGGGCUUGAUAAUGAUCCUGAUAAUGGGCCUGUAGAGAUAAUUCUCCUAAAAGGAUGUUAAACCACUCUGUUCAGCAAUGGCUUUACUGAACAUUAUCAUGUAUGGUGAUACUGUAAAUAAACUACAUACGUUAUCGGCCAAGGAACAUGUAGCACUGCAUUCUGUCUGUAACAGUGUGAACGGUAGUGUGUGUUUGCAGACAGAUGAUGUACUGCAAGUUGCAAUAUUCUGUAACUUUGCGAGAGCUCUCACAUUUGCGCGACUUGCGCACCAGGGUGUGGUCUGUGGUUUGGGUUACAGCUGUGACGUCCACAUUUUAGUCAGUGUGGUGAGGGAUCCUCGCCUAGCUAGAUGUCUGCAAAACCUGACUACGAGGCCUACAUGGCCCUUAUGGGUUAGCGGUGUAUUUUGCUCAUACCAUAGACUGUUGAUUAAUAAAGAUCUUAAACAAUAACAGGUGUCUCUUAAGUUCUAGUGAGGCGAUUGACGUGAAGAUGAAGCCUCGUGAAGUAGUGUGCUGUGCAGCAUUUAGGGAGAGGGGUUACAGUAGAUCAGGGGUGUCAAACCGGUUCCACAGAGGGCCAUGUGUCUGCAGGUCUUUGGGUUUUCCUCUAA